GUUCGAUUAGCGGUUCAAGAGUGAAAUAGUGUUCUGAUUAGAUAUAUACGGUCCUAGAUUAGAUAUAAUUCAUAUUUUCAGCUCUAGUAGUUCGUCAUCGUUGGAAGAGUAUGGCCAGAGUUUCCAUAAUAACGUCUCUCCUCCUAAUCUACAACCACAGGGUAUUCUUGGCAACAGCAGAUCUGUUCCGAACGGUUUGAAAAUAAACCUUGACAGCCCUGAUGGACCAAAAUCGCCUGUUUCACCAGUGACUAAUGUAUGCUGGUUUGUGGAUGAGCUGCCUGUGAUUGAAGAAGAAGACCAGGAUAAGCGCCGUAUCUCUGAUGAGAGUUCAGUUAAAAGCAACAGUGGAAGUUCAAAAACAACCAGUGAGCGUUUGGAUCCUGCAGCAUUGCUCCACUCUUCGACAUUUUCAGAAAAAGAAGGAAGUGAACGAAUGUCAAAGAAGCACAGCGAGAAGAACGAUAAUCGAGGAGGAGACAAUAAGAAUCUCAAAAAGGAGUAA